UAACAGCGUGCAUUGAGCGGGAAAUCACUUGUCCCAAAUCUGCCCAAUAGCGCACAGGCUAUGCGCAUGGUUUGAUCGAUCUUGCUUUAAAGCGGUGCGCCAACGAUUACGGUCUACAUGAAUACAGUGUUGAAUUGCCGGAACCGCGAAUCAGGCCGCGGAUUCUCCUACCAGUACGAUGCUCCGCUAUGCCGCUUGCACGUUCACGAGCGGGACAGUUGGAAAGGUAUUACGCCGUCCACGUUCUCGGCAGAUUACAAUCCCUCACCUCCGAUUCUGGCAGCCAAAUUUUCGAAGUGCCAUGGACAGGAACACAUCCUGGCGAUUGCGAACGAGGAUGGAAAGAUAGCGUUGCAGGAUACGAACCUCACAAACCAGGAACCGGGCGGCGAACGGGCACUCGAAGGGUGGCAGUGUCACUACAAUGCAGUGUUUGACAUCGAAUGGAUGCCGGGCGCAAUGAAGCUGGUGACGGCAUCGGGAGAUCACACCGCCACGCUAUGGACGCUGGCCGAAACUCGAAUGGUCAGCACACAAAUGUUUCGCGGUCAUUCGCGAUCGGUAAAAACGGUCGCAUUCCGGCGCGAUGAUUCGGCCGUCUUCGCCACGGGUGGUAGAGAUGGCGCUAUAUUGAUCUGGGACAUACGGGCUCAGGUCGGGCUGGAUAUGACGCCGCGUGCGGACAAUUGCAUCUACAGUGGACAUGCCGGUGGCCCGGGCACACCAUCCUCGCACCGGAAGCGAACGCGCCAGACGCCAAAGAUUCCAGCACAAGGAUGUAGCAGCAGUAUUACCGGACUAGCCUUUCAGGACGGCAAUACGUUGAUAUCGUGUGGUGCCGGUGACGGUGUGGUGAAGGUUUGGGAUACGCGGCGCCAUUACACCAGCCACCAGCGGGAACCGAUGCCAAAGCAUAGCUUUUCGUACGCUGGCAUUACCACGCUGAAGGGUUUUACCAAUCUCGUCAUCGACGACAAGCGACACCGGUUGUAUGUGAACUGUAUGGACAACCACAUCUACUGUUACAAUAUAUCUACGUACGAUGGGAAACCGCUGCAGCGGUAUAGCGGAUUUAACAAUGGAACAUUCUACGUGAAGGCGGCGCUCAGCUCGGAUGGACAGUAUCUGAUCAGUGGUUCCAGUGACGAGCGCUGCUAUAUUUGGAACGUGGACAAUCCGAACCCACUGUUGAAACUGUCGGGACAUUCGGCGGAAGUGACGAGUGUGGCCUGGAUGCAGAGUGACCGUGACGUGCGCAUAGUGACCUGCAGUGACGAUGCGCGUCAUAAGGUGUGGCGGAUCGGGCCCGAAGAGAUGGAUUCGGAUGAGUUGCAGCAGCUCCGCGGCAGGGCUGAGUAUUGCGAUUCCUAUCGUUCGGAUCAUGCGGAAAAGCUUCGAUUGAAAGCGUUAGAAUUCACCCCAAGAUCUGUCCGGGGGCUAGUGCAACGUAACGAAACUACGCCCAGCACCCAGGAAGAUGUAAACCGCACGCCAAAAGCAUCCGGUGCCGGCUUAAGGAUGUGGGCGGGAACAUUCAGUGCCGGUGCGUCCUCUUCCGAGCAGCGAGCAGCGAAGCGUAGUUUCUCCGAGAUUGCAGAAGCGGAUGGUCAUCAUCGUCCACUAGUAAAACGAACUUAUCGCGAGGAAGGCCGUGGCCGUCGGUUGUUCAGUCCGGCAAACUCGAAAUCGUCGUACAGCUUUAAAGCUCUGGAAAUUGCCUCAAGUUCCUCCACCUCUCGCAGUCUCAACGUAAUUCUGGAAGCGUCCGAAGAACUAAACGUUGGAUUGUCACCGUGUAAAUCUCCGCUAGCCACCGCAGAUCUUAACAUACGCUCCCCGGACCAAACGCUGGCACAACGAUGCGCAUCACCAACGUUAAACCUAAUUCUACCAAACUAUGUACUCGACGGAGAGGCACCGCAUCUGGUGAACGUGCUGGCCGCUUCCGGAGGUAGUGAGCGUGGCAACCGAUCAGCCUUCUCCAGCAGUGUGCCGUUCGGCGAAAGCUCCAGCCCGGUCGGAAGUGGUGCUGUAAAGCGAAAGAUUAAAGAACACUUGGACUGGUUGACAAAGAUACGAAAGCAGAAACAGCUACAGGCAGCCAAAGGUAUCGAAAACAGUUACGGCACGACGUUGGAGAAAGCUACAGCAGCAGCAUCGCACCUUCUUUCGCCACGACUUCAGCAGUUGAAAUCGUGUGACGAGGGAAUCAGUGGGGAAAGCAAUCAUCACACGCAAGAACAUAGCAUGGCUGCCAGCAGUGCCGAAACACCAACAACGCCCCGUAGACGAUCUUCUUGGGCGUUGAGUAACGGAAGUCCACACGAGUGCGUGGACGACACAAGCCAUCGAGCUGCUGCACGGACAACGCCAAGAAGCCGACGAUAUUCAUUGAACGGCGUGCGGGUUCCGUCGGAAUCCACCUCGAUAAGACGGUUCCUAACCGUGACCACACCAACCAGCCGAACAAAUGCUCAGGCGUCUAGUUGAGCAGACAGCUUCGCUAAACAAUAAGCCAUUAUCGUGCUGCUUGAAGCAACAGUGAUGGUGUCGUGGCCUUCCCAUUGACUGACUGUAGAAGAGAAGGGUUCGGUGUUCCACAUGCAACACCAAACGCGCGUCCAAGUGGGACAGUAACACAAUACCUCUUGAUCUAUUUUUAAAUAUUAUCCUAAAGUUCUGUGGUGUUCGCGAGAUCUAGCGAUAACAGAACAUAUUAUCGUACCAGAUAAAAUGUACAUAAAUGAGAUGCAUUAGCUGCGAUUUAGAGGAAUUUGGUCUGUCAGUAUCAACAAAAAAUGCCUUCAAACUAUUUGCUUUUACCGCUAAAGAUUAAUGACGUACGAUUUUGCGUUUCAUAUGAUGCAUAAUAGAUUUCAACUUACUUUUAAUCCCUGUGCUGUUUUGCUUUGGACAAUGUAACCAUGCACGUCUAUUACACACGCGUAGAUUAGGGAGCAAAUGAAUUCACUCUUGUUUUGUUUUGGUUUUGGACGGUUGAGUAAGCAUUACGAUCGCGAUACGACGACGUAUACCAUUCGUUUUGAACAACUUUAUGGAAGGUAUGUGAUAAGAGUAGAUUGGAUUAUGGGAUGAUUGAACUCAGCACAGUUUGAGGAUCAUGAUGGUAUUAAUGUUCGCACGAACUGCUUAAGACCAUCAGUAGCGUUAGAGAAUAAA